UGGCGGAGUCGCGGUUUCCAAGGAGACGUUUGGAGAGAAAGUGGAGGAGGUUCCUGUCCAUUUUCUGUGAGGGGACUGACCUGUCAGCGGCGCUUUAGUUGGGUCAGUGUGGGGCGCAGUACCGGCACGUGGUGCUCGGGAGAGCGUGGCCUUUGGGGCUCAUGAUAUCACGUAGAAUGUGAAAACACUGUGAGAGGGAAGGAGGAUCUAUGGUAAUGGCGGCUGUCAGGCUGACUGCUUGGAUGCCUUUUCUCUCAUGUCUGGAUUAAAUAAGAUCUGAAAUAUGAAUGAGGAGUUUUUGCACAAAUCACCAUGGCUAACCAACAGUCGAGCUGGCUGAAGCCAUGCUGUGGCAAGAGGGCUACAGUGUGGCACGUGUUUCUGCUGAGUGCAGGAGUGAAUAGCUUCCUGGUGGCCUGUGUGAUCAUAGUGGUAAUCCUAAUGACUAUGGAGCUCCUGAUCGACACAAGGCUACUUCAGUUCUCAAAUGCCUCGCAGUGUUCAGGGAUCAUACACUGGAUCAGUCUGUCCAUUCUCUCCUUGUUCUUUGUGGAGACUGUAGUAAGGAUCAUUGUUCUGGGCAUCUGGGAUUAUAUUGAGAACAAAGUUGAGGUAUUAGACGGAGCUGUCAUUAUUCUCUCACUUGCUCCCAUGGUGGCGUCUACAGUAGCCAAUGGGCCUAGUAGUCCAUGGGAUGCCAUCAGCCUCUUUAUUUCUUUGAGGAUAUGGAGGUUAAAGAGAAUUAUUGAUGCCUAUGUCUUACCCGUGAAGGUGGAGAUGGAGAUUAUGGUACAGCAGUAUGAGAAAACCAAGCUAAUCCAGGAGGAGCAGUUGGAAAGACUGACACAGAUGUGCCAAGAGCAAGCGUUUGAAAUUCGUCAGCUUAGAGCUCACCUUGCACAGCAAGAUUUGGACCUUGUUGCCGAGAGGGAACGAGCCUUAAAACUACCGCAUGAUCUACAGAACAAAAACAACCGGUUCAAAGUUGUGUCGGGCAGAGAUUCUGAUGAGGAAGCAACAGAAAAUAUUACAGAACUUUCACAUGAAAUGAUUAUGAAGGACGACAUGAACAAUUAUAUAACUCAGUAUUAUAAUGAAGCCAGUAGCGAAAGUGGAGUUCCUGGGACAUGUAUUAUCACUACAGCAGCUAUUGAUGUCCAUCAUCACCCCAACAUUUCCUCUGACUUGUACUCUGCAGAAGUACCAUUCAAUGCAGAACAGGCCAGCAACUCCAGCAGUAUUACCUCAGUGAGUGGAUCCAGAUCUUCAGAGAGCUCAGAAACACUAGCACAGAGUAUUAGCAGCCAAGCAUUCUGCUCCUCCACAGACUGCAGUACCAGAGAGGAAUCCACAGAAUACUGUCCUCUGGCUCAAACCAUCAGAAAUCGAGUGAACAAAACCGCUGUACAGGAACUUUUAUCCUCCCUUUCUGACGACUCUUCCUUCAUUCAGAAAGGGCUAGAUCCCGCCAACUUACACCUCAGCAAUCCUGCAGGUUUACAUACAAGAAGUCCUAGACACGGGCUAAGUAUCUGCAACAGGGUGAACCGGGAGGGCUUUGGAGCGUUCCACGACAGGUCAGUGAUUUCACUCAAUCUGCCUCUUUUAGACAGUAAACCUAUCAAUACAGAGUUAAAAUAAAGCAGAGCCUUAGAUUUAUACCUCCUCAGCGAAAUGCAUUAGAUUCCUCCAAGCCAAUAGCCAUUUCUGCUGCCAUCAAGGCUAUAACUUUAGGAGCAUUGUAUAGAGCUAAACAUGAAAUCUUAUCCAGAGAUCACCCAGUCCAGCGGGAUGCCAGUCACUGUGCUACUGCUGUACUGAAGCCAAAUGGGAACCAUGUUCAUCAGAAGCCUAGACUCAUCGUUCUCAGGAGAUGUAAGAAGAGUGGCUGCUGGACCUCACCCUAGAGUUUACAAGACUGGUUCAUUAAUGCAUGCAUUUGUGUACAGUGAACUUUGCUACAAACCACAGAAGUAUCAGCAGGUAUGACCACAUAGCUGCAAUCUUUCCUUUACUCAUCACUACAGAUUUUCUACAAAUGCUGCAAUAUUUUUUAAUGCACAAUGAAGUUUUGGCAGUUCUUGGAAAUGCAAGAAAUAAAAUAACCUGUACGAGUACAUACAUAGUUGUCUUUUUUCAGUAUCCACUGCUGUCACUUGGUUUGCAUCAUUAAAAUGGUUUUUAGUAAGUCUUAGGCCUUAUGCACUUGACCGUAUUUUUAGUCCAUGUCCAAUCAGCACUUUUUGCAGAUCGCACCCAGACC